UCUUCUUCGUUCAAAACUCUUUUAGUCGGUCUGGGAGUAACUGUUUGUGACAAAAAAAAGAGAGAAUUUAUUGCCGUUUAUAGGAUUAUUUAUAGGAUUAUUCAUAAACCCUAAUUUCUGAAAACCCCCAAAAUCACCCCUGGCGCUGUAGUGUGCAAAAAAUUUGCUUCCUUCAAUCUCUGCAGCUGCAUCGCAUCGCAUCGAAUUCUCCGUUCUUCGAAUUAACGAACAGUACCACGAAACCACGAUGGAUGAAUUUGCCUUCUCUCGGACAGAUUCUCGUUCGAUAAUGUCGCAGAUUAAGCAUCAAGAGCAGCAGCUUUGGCUCAAGAGAAGGUGGCUGCUGGAUUCUCCUGUGGCUGAAUCCAAGCAUGAUACAGCUGAAAUACCUGACUUUCUCAACUCCGAGUGCCUGUCCGAAAGUUUACUCAGGGAGGAUGAUAUAUUCUACGAGACCGUGAAAUCACGUGUUGAGGAGGCAUUUGGGAUAUGGGAUAAUGAAGAAGUACAUAAUGCCGUUCAACAAAACAAAUCAUCGGUUUUUGCUAAUGAAGUGAUCAGAAUGCUUGGGAUGAGUCUUGAUGCUUUGUCGAAUAAAGGGCUUUAUCUUAUCGCCGUGAUAAUGACAGGAGGCUCAGUUGCGUUUGAGAAAACUCGCCCGAAACUGAAAGAGGCUAUCAGAGAUUUUAUAGCCAAAGAUUUCAGAAAAGUGUUCGGUGAUGGAAAAUCUGAUGUCCUCAAGCAGCUUCAUAAUGUUCUCGGUGAUCCUGGAAAUUUCAGGAAGACGAGCACUAUGAAUUUGUUCCCCACUUUCCAGUCCCAACGUGAUGCUGCAAUCAAGGUACUGAACAAGCUAGAAUGCUUGUCAAUUCAGACACUAAUUGCUAUGAAAAGGAAACUUGAGGGCUCUAGAAUCAUUCCUCAGUUAAAACCCAGAGAAAAAUCAUGUUCGAAUCGACGCCAUCUGAUAAAACAGGUGAGGCAAGCUAGUGAAAAGAUGCUUUCAGAACUUUCCGAAGAAGAUAAACUGCAGGAGCCUUUGGCCAAAGCGAUGUCUUUAGUAAAUUUAGCACUUAAGCUAGAUCCUGAGCGUAAAUGUGUUGCUUCAGCUGAUUUUUUCCAGUUCACACCUGAAACAACGCAUUUGCAGAAUGAGAUACUGAAGGCAAUCUGCUUACUCCACAAAAAGGUCAGGUUUCCUGAACUGAAAAGGAUACAGCUGUUGUUAGGCCAGGAAGCCAACAUCUCAAACGACAGUUUAAGAUCAGCAAUCAGGAAAAUGCUGAUCGAAUAUCUGUUCGAGUGCAGUGAUAUGGACCCCAUUCCAGACUUCUUACCGAAAGUUCUUGCAUUGAUAAAUGGGAGUUCACGGAGUGUAGAACAUAGGUUAUUUCCAGGAGAGGUGGUUGAAGAAGAGGUGGAAUGCAUAUUAAAUGCGAGUGCUCAAGUUAAGGAAGUUUUAUGGGAAUGGUUUCCAGAUUACGAGCUUGAUCAGGACUUUGAUGAUGCUUACAUGGAAGAAUUUGAAGACAGUGAUGAUGAGAACUUUAUAUCUUAUGAUAAUGACGAGCUUGUUAGUGGAAGUAAUAAAUGUCGAAAACUACAAGGCAGAGAUAGUCGAGAUUAUAUUACUGGUUCGUUCGAUCCGGAUCAUGAAGAAAGUAGUGCAGAGUGCACUGUUUCUGAAUCUGGUGCCUCUAACUGUGGAAGCAAUCAAAGGGUUCUCAGCUCUUCUGCGGAUAGAAAUGCGAUAAUUAACUUCACAGAGAGUGUUACAAGAGUCCAACCCAGUUCUCUUGAUGUCACUCCUAUGUCCAGUGAAUUAAGAUUGGUCAAAGUUAGACACAACUUGGAUAUGAGCAGAUGCAAAAUCAAGGUCGAAAUGGACCAAGUAGAAGAGGCUAUCAGGAUUGAAUCAGAGAACAAGUUUGGUUCACGGUCAUUAUCCUCCAUCAGAAGCAUGAAGACUGAUCAUGAAGAAGAGCAGAAGCCACCACCGCGAAGGCAAAACCAGUACCUCACCGUCCAAGAAGUCUCUGACGAGACAAGCAUGGUUGCAUAUAACCUAGUUGGUCAUUUACUAGAGAAGUUUGCGGAUGGAAAAGGCCUAGAAUUAGGUGAGAACGACAGAGCAUAUCUUGGAGGAGGCGAUUCCACUUUUCGAGGAAAUGAAGGUGGUGGAAAGAAGUCAGAUGGAUCGGUAUUUGUUGGCGUCGUCAAAGAGCUAAUGCCCUCCAUUGACAGGAGUGUGUUGAUGAGAUUGGAAGAGCUGAUGGACGUGUGAUAGCGUUGGCCUCAGCUUCCAUCAUGGCCAAUGGUUUGAUAGCCGAAGCAAAAACCCAGAAGAAGGAAAAAAAAAAAAAACACAACGCAGGGGAAAUUCCAUUGCAAAAGCAAAGGAAAUGAACUGAGAAAACCCGACCAAGGAAGACAGACAAAAGGUGAAGCAAUAGUAAGAAACUUGUAAGCCCAGUAGCAUCAUUUCUCCUCACAUCUUCUUCUUGGCCUUAUUCACCCCUUUUUCUGGGUUUUGGGGGGGGGGGGGAUUUC